AUGGGGAAGAAAAAGCGCGGCCAUCCGGAUCUCGAGGAGUUGCUCGCGAGGCCUUGGUGCUAUUACUGUGAGCGUGACUUUGAUGACUUGAAGAUUCUCAUUUCUCACCAGAAGGCAAAGCACUUCAAAUGCGAGAGGUGUGGGAGGAGGUUAAACACAGCUGGAGGUUUGUCGGUACAUAUGAGCCAGGUUCAUAAAGAGUCCCUAUCCCAAGUCGAUAAUGCGCUUCAGAACCGAUCAAGUCUCGAUAUCGAGAUUUUUGGCAUGGAAGGUGUGCCGGAGGAUGUGUUGCAGGCCCACAACCAGCGUGUCCUGCAACAGUAUCAGCAGGCUGAGGCUGAACGACGUGCGGCGACGGGAAAUCCUGCACCGGGCACAUCUGGUAGUAGCGGGCAGUCGAAGAAGCCGAAGUUCGAGUCCCCUUCUGAGUUGAAGAAGAGACUUGCGGAGCAUAAGGCGCGUUUGGCGGAGCAUGCGGCGGGUGGAAGCAGUGGAGACACUACACCUAUUGGAGCUGGACAACAGUCACAGUCUACGCCUGGUGGCACUCCAUAUCAGCAGCCUAGCACACCGCAGUAUAAUGCCCCCCAGCAGCCGGCCAAUGGCUCUGGCCAGCAUUACGCAGCUCCGUAUGGACAACCCCCGACCGCCUUCCCACAACAGCCUCAGCAGCCCGGUUUUGUACCACCAACCGGGCCACAAACCUAUCCUAUGCCUCAGUACCCUCCUACGAACAUGUCAACGUCACCAUACCCACAGGCCGGUGUUCCCCCCAUUGUUUCUCCAGUCGGAGCCAGCCCUACACUCCCGUACCAUCACCAGCAGCACCAGCAGUCAAUGAGAACCCAUACGCCGCCUCAGACUAUAUCGCCUUCCUACCCUACUCGAACACCAAGCCUACCACCCGCUCCAGGGCUGCCUCAACGGCCCAGUUUUGGUGCCCCGCAAGUCAAUGCUUUCCAAAUGCAACAGCUGCACCAUGGCCAAGUUUCGGGACCUCCAGCUGUUACUAUGCCGACAGACGUGCAUGGCAACCGUAUUCAUCCGCUUCCAGAUGCUAAUUCUGAAUCUCUCUCAGCGUCAGCUGAUAAGUUGAUUUCGGAGGCUGCUAAGCAAGCCAAAGAGUUACCAGCUAAGCCAAGCCCCGCCCCCGGAACCCCUGAAGAAGGGGCUGCUGGUAAACCUUCGAAGAAAGAAAAGGCUAAGUCCACCAGACUAGUUUAUUCCGAUAAUGAGAUCAGUCCAGAGGAAAAACUGGCUCGCCUACCCCGAUAUGCCUUUGUUCCGAACCAGAAAGACGAGGUUGCUCCAGGGGAGACAGCAGUGGAACCCGUUGCUGGUGCCGAAGAAGUUGUCAACCUCCCAGCGUAA